GUACAGAUGUCCAACAUUAGUCGAAUCUUAUACAGCUUAUCCAACAGAAGCUAAAUCUAAAAAAACAAAAAUAGAUCCCGGAUUACGUAAAGGGUACCAUUGGCUUUUAAAUUAUAUUGUACGUAGAUACGGUGAUAUUAAUUUACGUGUACAAACAGAUAUACACGCUGACUUAGAGAGACGUAAACGUUUACUAAAUAGGGCUGCUAAUCGUACAUCACAGACGUUUACAGCUGAAAGUGAUGUGGGUACACAAACAGGUUUUGAAAACCCUAAUUUCGAUCCCCAUAGAGUAGAUAGAGAGAAAGAUCUAGAAAGUGGUGUUAUUGUGGUUAAACCAAUUGGAGUUAAACCAAAUAGUUUGGAUACGACAAUCACCGUGGAAAGUGUCGAUACUGAUACGAGUGGUAAACCUAAAUUAUCGCCAUUAUUUGGACGUAGCAGUAAUAGUACGGUUAAUGAAACUGUGCGGAUAGAAUUGGAACCGAGACAUGAAUUUAGAAAAUUAUCUCCGAUUGUCCGGAAGAAGAGUGCUGGAUCACAGCCUUUUUAUUUCAAGAACAGACCACAUUCCAGUCCGACGACGAAGAAAAUUAAG